AUGACUAAUGACUUACCUGGUCAUAUUCCUACCACGAGCGAUGCCUGGUUGAAGAGAUUAGAUGAUUUAGAGAAGACUAUCCUACCAAAACUUCGUCAGAAAACAAUUAAAUAUACUGAUGCCAUGGCCGAGGCUACGGAUCAGUUGCGUAAAUUUGAUUUGAUUGAAUUUAAGGCGGGGGACGUCGUCAUUUUACUCGCACAGGGAGCGACAACCAAAGCCAUGAAACCAUUGCUUGGUCCAUACGUGAUUCAUAGUAGGGAAAAUCAUAGUUACCAUCUACGAGCAAGAGAUGGCAGCAAGCUGCCUGAGCUCAGAGACCGACCUGUAAAUUUGGAGAUUAUUCGGCUUGUACAUCGAGCUACGAAGCACCACUGGAUGAAUCUCUGUGGCGGAGGGAGGUUCGACAUUUCGACAUAG